AUGGCGGACGACAAGGUCGGCCAGACGGCCAGUGUGACCAUCAUGCUGAUGACCUUCAUCACGCUUACAGUGGUGAUGAGAACGUUUGUACGAAGCGUAUUGCUGAGGAGUGUUGGGUGGGAUGACACACUGGUGAUUAUAAGCUGGGUGCUGGCAAUGGCCCUUUGCAGUGCAAUACUUGCCAUGACUGGCGUCGGCUUGGGAGAACAUUUCCAGGAAGUGUCAAAAUCAGACUUUGCGGAGUUCCUAAAGUACCAAGUUGUCACGCAGCUGACUUACAUCUGGGCUUUUGUGACAGUCAAGAUGUCAUUCGCCGUGCUUUACCUUCGACUACUUCCCGACCAGCUUUACCAACGGAUAAACAAGUUUCUCAUUAUCUUGCUGCUAGCAGAGGGCAUUGAGGAAACAGCCGUUGUUAUCUUCAGAUGCAAUCCGAUCGACAGAGCCUGGACACCGUCCAGAGCAGGAACGUGUCUUGACUUGACCAUCUUUUACUAUUCUGCUUUCGUCAUCAAGCUGUUGACAGACUUGGUGCUCUUCAUUCAACCCAUCCCGACGAUCUGGAAGCUCCAACUGCCGAUGGCCAAGAGAUGCGGUGUUAUCUUCAUGCUGUCAUUGGGUUUACUUGUUUGCGUCAUUUCCGUCAUCAGAGUCAGUUACAUCAAUGCUUUCGACAAAGACGUCACCUUCUUGGUCGCGGACCCCCUGCUCUGGUCAGAAGUCGAAGUCUGCGCCCUCAUCAUCUGCUCCGGCGUCCCCUCCCUACGACCCCUGAUAUCCCGCUUCCCCGCAUUGAACAAGGCCCUCGGCCUGUCCACGGGCAAGUUCUCCAAGAACUACUACGCCGACCAACGGACGACGAUAGGCGGCUCGAAGCCGUACCUCGCACAGAAUGCGUACGCCCGCGCCGCGCAAAAACAAGGCUUCGGAAAGCUGUCCCAGAGCUCGAGCUCUUACGCAACAGCGAGCCGCAGCAACACGGAGAGCAUGGAGAAUAUCCUCCCGCUAGACCUCGGCAAGCCUUCUCUCACGCAAAGCGUCGAGAUGGGCAUUAUCAAAGUAAAGAACGACAUCAGGCAGGAGGUCAGGCCGGCGUCGCCGGACGUCAUAGACCCAUACUUCCCGGCCGGACGACCCAUGGUCCGACGGAAGAGUCGAGGCGAUAUUCGCAACGGCACCGGUUGGAUCUCGGACGACUGA